AUGUGGACACGAACGUAUUCCCGACACGUACCAUUGAGCAAAGAUGAUGUGGCCGUGGUGGUAGGAGGCGCCAGAGGACUCGGAAUAGAAAUGGUAAAACAGCUUACCAACAAAUAUAAAGUGAAGAAGGUGAUUAUCAUAGACAUGAACAAGCCAGAAGUCCGACAUCAAGACAUAACUUUCAUUCCGUGUAAUGUGGGAGACAAGAAGAAGUAUGCUGAGGUGCUACAGAAUGUGAUAGACGAAUGUGAAGCCAGUGGUGACAAGAUUAGGGUGUUUGUCACCAAUGCUGGUAUAAGACACAGUAAAUCGGUACUACAAUUGAGCAUGGAAGAGAUCGAUGAGAUAUACGAUGUAAACGUAUUUUCCUAUAUUCAAGGCAUCCGGGCAUUACUAAAACACCACAUGAAACAUCCCCAAGACAGCCUAUCGAUAGUGACAGUGUCUUCGGUGUUGGGGAUACUUGCACCUCGAAAUUUGACCAUAUACUCGUCUACCAAAGCUGCCUUGAGCCAAAUUCACGAAGGUUUAGCUCAGGAGUUGGUGGACUUCCCCAGUAUCAGAAUGUUGCUUGUGUUACCUGGACAGCUACUGCGAGGAAUGUUUGACGAUGACAUUAUGGAUAGAGUGAACAACGGGCAGUGUGGGGUGUUGAGUGAGCCUAUUUAUGGAAAAUUGUUACCAGUGGUGAAAUGUCUACCUUACUCGAUUAUACAGUUGUGUAGAAGAUUUUCACAGAUGGACCAGAAGGUCAGGGACAAUUCAUAG